AUGAGGCAAUCGAAAAGAAGGAAGAAGGUUGCGAAUGAAAUGGAAAUCGGCGAUGGAAGUGAGGAUGAUGAUCAUGGAGUAGGCAACAAUGAACUCCAUUACAAUGAUGAUGAUGAUGAUGAUGUUGAGGAUGCAUCGUCUAUGCAUGAUGAGCCAAGUGAAGAGCAGCGCAAUGAUGAAAACACUACAGAAAGACGCAAUGAUGAAUCUGGACACGAAAGUAAUUUUCUAGAUAUUUCUUUCUUCAAACUUCCCUGUCUACAACAGGCCAAGCUUGAAUCGCCACAGAGCCCAUUUGACGUUCUGGCGGGUAGCUUCAUUGCUCUCAAACAUACCUUAUUGAAGCAUCACUGGUUUCAGUUGUUCUACCGUGAAACUGAAGAGAGCAAGGCUUAUGAAGCGCGCAUAAGAUCGGCACGAGAGAAACAGCAAGGGGUAGAUAUAACUCCGCACGUGGCUGGAAGAAUUGUCUUCGCAAAGUGUCUGAAAGGCGAGAAUAUGAACGCAAUGGUCCUUGAGGCUGUUGCUCGAGAACUUCUCAGUGAAACUGACAAGGCUGCUUACGAUGAAGGUAAACCUAUUUCUAUCAACUACAGCACGCUCAGAAAUUUGAUUGCCGAUGAUGUAGUCAGCAGAUGGAAGAAGGAGCACAUAGACGAACCACUCAGUGAAGAAAGAGAAAAAGUUGUUCGAAAAACAUUUCAGCCAAUAUCUGAAGCAACAUUUGUUCAGAAGAAACGAGGAUAA